CAGGCAUCCCCAGGUGCGCCCAUGGUGUCAGUGCAGAGCACCUGGGCGUGUGGCGGAUCAGGGGGCCCCCAUGUGGCAGCCGCACCCCUGCCAGAAGGAGGCAGGUGCUGGGAGCACAAGGAUGCAAACUUUCUUGCCUGCAGAUGAUGGGAUGCAUGAGUGGAUCAAGGGAUGAAUAGAGUGGCCCGCUCUACCUGGAUUCCCAAUCGGAUAUUGCCUCUGAAGCGGAAAAAGCGCUGCAGGAAGAAGUGGUCUGGGAAGGAAAGGGUCUCCUUUACUCAGGGGUUAAGGACUCUUCUUUCUCGCUCUCCCUCCCUCGGCGGUUAAGAAAUCCCUUCUCGUCGGAUGACUGGCUCUCUCCACAACUCAGCCCUGGCACAGAUCCAGAGGGAAGACCAGCAACCUUUCUUUCUCUCAUGGCCUAAGCGGGGCCAUCGCCCUGGAGCGCCCGCCACCCAAGUGCGCCAUUUUGAGGUGGCCUCCUGAGCCGGGACCCUAAGCCCCACCCGUCCACCCCUUUGCCCCCCGACCCGCUCUAAUUCGCCCUCCUUUCUCCCCCUUCCCUUGCCCCGCUCCCUACCUCGGCCGCCUGGCCCUGGGCCAUGAUGCUCAAUUCGGACCAGACCGAGCUGGACCUCCAGCCCACGCACUCCGAGACGGAGUCGGUCUUCAGCGACUGCGGAGGCCGAGGCCUGGCGGGGGAAGAAGCCGGGGGCGGCGGCGGCGGGCUGGGCUUGUGCAGCCAGUCCCGGGUAGCUGAGCCUGGCGACCCUCUGAAGAAAGACCUGCAGCACCUGAGCCGCGAGGAGCGGCGGCGGCGGCGGCGCGCCACGGCCAAGUACCGGACGGCGCACGCCACGCGAGAGCGCAUCCGCGUGGAGGCCUUCAACAUGGCCUUCGCCGAGCUCCGCAAGCUGCUGCCCACGCUGCCCCCGGACAAGAAGCUCUCCAAGAUCGAGAUCCUGCGGCUCGCCAUCUGCUACAUCUCCUACCUGAACCACGUGCUGGACGUCUGAGAAGGGCCUGGCCUGGCCGGAGGAGCCCACACUCCUCCUCCUCCUCUCCAACCUGCCUCUGCUUUCCUGCUUCACCUCCUCAGGGGAAAAUAUAUGUAUAGCUCGAUCUCGAUCCACUGUAGAUAUAGAUAGGGGGGCAGCUGGUGGAGCCAGCCAGAUGGACCUGCUCCUCCAGCUCUCUGCCUGGAGGAAUGGCCUACAGAUGCUAAAAUUCUCCAUCCUUAAAUUCUCCAGGAAUCCCACACUGGGGUGGCCGACAUGGUGGUUGAACUGCCCUCCAGCUGCAGGCAAGGAAAUGUGGGGUGCCUCAAUACUUUGUGCCUGGAACAUCUCCUUGCCCAGAUCUAAACCACCUUGGGGUAUUGUUUGUUUACACACUCACUCUCUCUCUCUCUCUCUACUCUUCUCUUUACACACAAGUGGGCCCACUAGAAAAAUAUUAUUAUUAUCAUCAUCAUCAUUUACAUUUCCAUCACCCUAAGGUCCCAGGAAAGGUCACAACAUUAAAACACGUUUUAAAACAAUCAUAGUCACAGAUAAAUAUAAAAACCAUAGUAGCGUCAUUAGGCCAAUCAAGCAAAAUGUUACAAAACAGCAUGCAAACUUUGCCACGAUUCUUCAUCAGGCUAGAUGUCAACAAAGGGGGCACAGGGAGAGAGCCAAAGUUUGCUGGUGAUGACGAGCUCUGGAGAACUCAAAAGCUUGCACACCUUUCUGCAACAUUUUUAUAUUGGGUUGUGGUCAAUUUAGUUACACCUAGAGUAGACCCAUAAAAAUGAAUGGGCAUGUCUGAGUGGGACUGAAUUUGGAUUCAACCCCAACACCCUAGUAUGGAUUUGGAUUUAAUAACUCAUUUGUUUGUUUAAACGCAGUCUCAGUGGGCACAUGUUCACUCAGUUGGCAUAUUCACAUACAUGUGGAGAAGGGGCAAUAUUCUAUCCUACUUUGGAGCAUUCUUCACCACCACCCUCCAGCUUGUCACAGAGGACUGACCACAGAAGCAAACUCAGAAAUACAAAUACGAAGACACAGGAAGGAACAAAUAUAAAUAAAUUGCAGCUGCUCCCCCCACCCCCCACAGAUCUUUCUGUGGUGCCAGCUUCAUCAAUAGUGUGUUGAUAAUAGCAGAAAUCUGCACCUUUUAAUGUGUGUGGUGCCUUCCCCACACAUCCCCUCUCCCUAGCACAAAAAAAGAAAGCAUGUGAAGAAUGUUCCUUUUUGGUUUACAGUGCUACACCCCUAAAAACUGGCAUGGCAGCCUUUGCUGCAAUAGGAUUGGUUGAGGGCAUCCCCACCACUACAGAACUGGGCUGGAUUUAUUUGUUUAUUACAUUACCUUUCUGCCAAGGAGCUCAGGGCUAUGAACGAAGCACAUUCUUCUCAAAGAAUUCUGGGUACUGUAGUUUAUUAAGGACUACUAGGAGUUUAUUAAGGGUUGCUAGGAGUUGCAACUCCUUGAGGGAUAAACUAUAGUGCCCAGAAUUCUUUGAGGGAGAGAAUGUGCUUUAAAAGUAUAGUGUGUACACACUCAGAGCAUUGCACACUGUUCCCCACAUUUUAUCCUCGCAGCAACCCUCUGAGGUAGGUUAGGCUGAGACACAGUGAUUAGGCCACCCAGGGGGCUUCAUGGCUGAGUCUGAAUUAGAACUCGAGUCUCUACAGUCCUAGUUGGACACUCUAACCACUCCACUCCACUGCCUCCAAAAAGAAAACAUGUAUUUAUUUAUUUCUAUCCUAGCCUCCCUCCCAAAGGAACCCAGAGCAGGAACAAAGCAGGAACAUAUACCAAACUACAUUUUCCAAGGAAACCACUCACCACCACAGAGUGCAGAUCUGAUGGAUUGCUUUGUAUGUCAUUUGUUUGUCUUUCUCAACUUCAUCCUCCACCCCUGCUAUGUUUUAGACUACGACGCCCAUCUGCACCCACCAGAUGCUGCUGGACUACAAGUCCCAUUGGCCCCAGCCAAUCGCAACUGUAGUCCAAAACAUCUGGAGGUUAAGGAAAGUUGGUUUGUGGUCAUCCUGCCAGAGAGCAAGAAGAAUCUUACCACUGGGGUUGCUAGAUCAGGAGCAUCCCAGGCCCUGAGACUCCAGGGGCAGCCUCUGGAGACGGAGGUUAAUUGGGAGCAACUGUCUUGGAUGGAUGACCUAGGAGGACCCAUUCCUGAUGUCCAGAGUAGGGACUCAUUUAUACACUUUUCACGAUCUACUCUCCUUUUCCUACUUUUACUCUCUUUAGGGCAUCCAGAUGCUACAGAGGGUCAGUCUCCUAUAUUAUUCAUAAUUGUAUAACAGGGUUUUGUUUGUUUGUUUGUUUGUUCAUCAGAGCUGCAGCUUGUCAGGCACAUCUGAGAAGAGCUGAGCUUCCUAUGCACCAACAAACAGCAAAGAUCCCUGUUCUCCUUUGUAUCAGGUCACUGCCCCUCUUUUGUUUUCCAAAACACAAGACACAAAGACUUACCGCUGGCGUAAGUCUGGCCCGUCUAGCUCAGAAUACUGUCUUAACUAGCCUUCUCAAAACUAGUGCCCUUCCAGAGGUUUUGGACUUCUGUCUCCCAUCAGCCCUGGCUGGCAUGGCCAACGCCCAGGAAUGAUGGGCGUUGGAGUUUUGAGGGCACUACUAGGUUGGGGAAGGCUGGUUCCAAAUAUUCCAACAGCAGCUUUCCAGGGUUUCAGAUGAGGGUCUUUCAUACCCUCCAACAUUUCUCCGAUGAAAAUAGGGACGUCCCAUUCCAUAAUGAUAAUUUUACUAUUUAUAAAUACACAUAUUUAUAUCUUACACAUUUUACUGGGUCACCCCAACCACUCUGGGCAGCUUCCAACAUAUAUAAAAACAUAAUAAAACAUUAAACAUUUUAAAAAAAAACUUCCCUAUACAGGAUUGCCUUCAGGUGGCUCGGGGGUUGGAUAACUCCAUACCCUCCAACAUUUCUCUAGUGAAAAUAGGGACAUCCCAAGGAAAAGCGGGACGUUCUGGGGUCAAAUCAGAAACCGGGACGGCUUCUCUAAAUCAAGGAAGUACCUGGGAAAAUAGGGACACUUGGAGGGUCUGGUCUUUUCCUUCCCUGUCUGGAGAUGCCAGGGAUUGAUGCUGAGAUUGUGCUUGACCCCUAAGCCGCAGCCCUUCCUCUUCGGGUGCUGCAUGACCCACUUGUGUGUCUCGAACCACCAGCAGAAGACCAAUGAUCCAGACCAGCAUUCUGUUUCUAAGAGGGACCUGCAAAUGGUCCUUCCAUUGCCCCACACACCAGGAAGCUUAGAUGCUGGGCACAGAGGUGAUGGACUUCCCCUAUUGCUGCUCCCCCUGCAUCUGGUGUGCCCCAGGCCCAGUCUACUGCCUCUAGAAAUGGGAUGUUCUGUUGAGCUGUUGUAGCCCACCCUAGUCCCUUUGCACAAUACUCAUAAAAGCUUGGGAGCUUCUGACUUUUCUCAGAACAUGUGAUUUGGCUCCUGGUUUGGAAGGAGACAUGGACAAGUGCCAGGGUUGGAGAGGAUGGAAGCCCCUUCUCAUGUCUUGAACAACGUCUGCGUGCCACAACCAGCAUUCCUUUAUUAUUUAUUUAUUUGAUGUAU